AUGGCAGGACAGGCAUUUAGGAAGUUUCUUUCCUUCUUUGUCCAAGUAUUAGUUAAAAAGAGUGCAGCAGAAACUAGCCAGUGGCGGCAUUAUGCUUCCAUAAAAAAAUUGCAAGGAAAAGUAUUGCAAGCAACAGUAGUAGUUGCUGGAUUGGGUUCUAAGGGAAGGGGUAGAGAGAUUCAAUCAGUUACUAACAAAGUUGGAGAUAAAUUUCUUCUCCCAGAAUAUGGACGCACCAAAGUAGUUCUAGUCGACAAAGAUUAUUUUUCAUUUGGACGUGGUGACAUUCUUUAA